UUAAUGAUCAAAUCAUGUUUUUAAAGGUUUUAAUAUCAGUUUCUAAAAAAACAAAAACAUGUUCCAGUUAAAGUUUCACUAAGUGAAAUGUUUUAAACAACAAUCAGAAAAAAUCUUUUACCAUGAUCAGUUUGCUGAUGAAGGAGAGCAGUGAAAGUUCGAGGAGCUGGAACAGCAAAGAGCCGUCGCUCGUUAAACGUAUGGAAAUCGAUUAAAGGUUUCAGCUCCACUUUAAGUCAUUUACUGUCUGUGACUUUAAGCUUUAACCAGCUUCAGCUUUUAUUAACUCUUCACAUGUUUUAUAUGUAAAAUUCUUAAUCUGGAAGUAACAGAAAAUACUCCUACGAAAACUACGAGGACCUGAGAGACUCUCAGCAGCUGAUCGUCAGGAUGCUCUAACUCUUAACAGCUUUCAAACAUCGAGCUCUGUCCAUCGUCUUCCCCCAUCAGAACGUGGAUCUCCAGCAGCGCCUCCUUCAGCCAUGGACAGCACCCCGAGGAGGUGGGUGCUGAAGCCCCUGUCCCCCUUACUUCAGCCCUCAGACCUGCGGACCAUUGCGGGUCCUGCCCGAGCUGACAGCCCUGACCCGGACAAUCCGGUCUUCGCUUCAGACAGCAUCUCCGUCUCUCGCAGCCAUUCGUCUGUGACUGUCUCCUCCCAGCGGGGCGAUGGGUCACCAGAUGUUGUGGUUCAGGCCCGGCAGGUCACAGUGUCCCAGGACAGAGGGAGCAUCAGCGAUGAGUGGCAUCCCAGCAGCCCGAGCAACCCCAGCAGCCCCAGUAGCAGCUUGGGCUCUCACUGUGGCUUCUAUUCCUUUGUGGAGGAUCCAGAGAGUCCCGAGGCCGAGCUGAACGAAGCCUGGAUGGUCUCACCGCAGAGGCAGGCUCAGCUGGCUACCCUGAAGGAGGAGAAAGGAUUCAAACUACAGACCUACGCCGGCAGCAGGAAGCCAGAGAGCCUGUUCUCAGACAACCAGGAAGACUCUCAGUACAAAGUGGAUCCAAACAAUGGUAUCAAAGUGGUUGGGGAGGAAGAGGAGAAGCAGCUUCGCAAAGAGAUUAUUCACGGCCAAGCACCGAAGAAAAACCCAACUUUCAAAGAUCAACUGACCGCUCUGGAGAAACUAGAUCUAAGCAGAUCGACAAACAAACUGGUAGAAGGUUUCAGUGUAAGCUACAGCCCCGUCAGCCCCAGACCAGAACCCGCUCGCCCUGCUGAACCUGGGACCAUCGACAAGGAACAGAUCAACUUCAGUGCUGCCCGACAACAGUUUCUGAAGAUGGAGCAGGACCGGUUGGUGGCAGUCCUCAAACCUCUGAGGUCCUCAAAAACACACCUGAACUCGUCUCUGGAUCAAGAUCCUUAUGUGUCCUCUUCAAGGCCAGAGGAGACAUUUGACAGAGUAAUGCUGAGUGAAGACACGACUCAGUUUAAACCAUCAGAAGAAAGUGAGACUCGCUCAGAGAGGAAGGUGACAGUGUGCCGGACUGAGGAGAGUCUGAGCAAACAGACCAGUGUGUUUGAUGACCUGGACUCCGGCCUGGAGGAUCUGUCCGUGGAGGUGGGUGGCGGCUACACCAGUGAUGAAGGUGUGUUCAAUGACAAUACUCAACAAGAGGACAGGAGCUGCAGGUCCACAAGUGAGCAUGAGACCCCGAUUGAAAGGGAGAUCCGGUUAGUACAGGAACGCGAGGAGAACCUGCGACGCUCUCGAGGCCUGAAACAAAGCAACAGCAGGGCGGAGAUGGUCGAGAUCAAAAUCAAACGGCCACAGUCACCACUAACUCCCGUCAAAGCCAAAGAAAAGACUCGGGUGAGCUUCAUCAUCCAGCAAGAGGUACAGACGGAUAACCAGAGGAGCCAAGAACCUCAGCAGCGCGGGGGGAUCCUGGGACGAUACAGCCAAGAUCCUCCACAGCAGCCAGACGAUGUAAAGAGCAAGUCUGACCAACAAGACAAGGACGGGAGGGCAGAGGAAAGACCGCUGUCUGAGUCUGGAGAGACAGACGUCUUCUUGUCUCCCUGCUGUCCUCAUCGCCAUUCUGAGGAAACCAAAUUGCACAUCAGUCAAAUGAGUUCAGACUCAGAGGUCCAUGGCUCAAGAGGUUCCCACUGGGAUCGAUGGACCUCUUCAUCCUCCCACUCCUCCCCAGCACUGACACCUCAGCGUGGAACAACCUCGUCCAUGCCUCGGUCCUGGAGGGAAAGUCUGGAGUCCACUGGUCUGCAGUCCAGAGGACAAGGAGCUCCAGAUUUCAUUGAGAAGGAGAUUGAGGAGGCCCUGAGACGUGAGCAAGAACUGAGGGAGUCCAGGGAGAAACUCAAUCAGCAGCUCUUCUCACCAGCUCCUCUCGUGGAACAGGCAACAAGCAUGGCCGUCAGUCAGUUCUACCCACCUGGAAAUACAGAUAAGCCCGUCAGUCUGUCCUCCUCCUCCUCCCCUCGUCCCUUUGUCCGUCUCCCCUCCAUCUCCACUCAGCCCUGGACUGCCCCGUCCCCUCCUCCCUCCUCCUCUGCGGCGGUCCGAUCGGCCCCCCUUCCUGUCAGAGGUCUCACAGAGACUCUGCUGCAGGACUUUGAGGACAGACGAGUCAAGCUGAAGCUGGAGGAGAGCUCUUAUGCAGGAAUCCAGCCAAUCGACGACGUGAACAACGAGGUCGUCGAGUCGACUCGAGUCAUUCGACAUAAAAGCCAGCGAACCCUGCGAUGGGAGGCCAGGGUGUUCGCCAACCAGGAGGACCAGUGAGACCAGCAGGACUAGAUUCAGUGCCAAGACCCGCAGGAGGACUUUGAAAUGGUUUUAAACUGGAACAUCCCAACAUCUCCUCCCCUUGUCCCAUCAGGUGCUGAGAGCAAUGGAAUGGAGAUGAACUGUCUGAUUAGUGUAGAAAUCUGCAGAAAUAAAGAGUCGAACUGA